AUGCAAAUGGACUCCGCUCGAUUAUCCUGCAUGGAGCGUGCUCGCCGCCUCGCAACUGGACAGUGUCUGUACUGUGCCUCCCCGGAUCAUUUCAUCAGAAACUGCCCCGUGAGACCUCCACGCCCAGCGGUGGAGGAUUACAUCAAAGGGGCUCUCCAACAGGGUUUCUUCCGGCCUUCCACAUCACCCGCCGCCUCAAGCUUCUUCUUCGUGGGCAAAAAGAACGGAGGCUUGAGGCCAUGCAUCGACUACCGAGCCCUGAACUCCCAGAUGGUGAAGCUGCCGUAUCCACUUCCUCUGGUCCCAGCCGCCCUCGAGGAACUCCGUGGAGCCCGCAUAUUCUCCAAACUAGACCUGCGGAGCGUGUAUAACCUCGUUCGAGUCCGGGCGGGCGAUGAGUGGAAGACGGCAUUCAUCACACCCUCAGGCCACUACGAAUAUCGGGUCAUGCCAUAUAGCCUAUCCAACUCACCGUCCGUCUUCCAAUGCUUCAUGAACGAGGUGUUCCGGGAGUUCCUCCAUCAGUUCGUGAUUGUCUACAUCGACGACAUCCUUAUAUACUCCCGGAACCUGGACAAACAUCGCCACCAUGUAACGCAGGUCCUUCAGCGGCUCAGAGAACACCAUCGAUAUCUGAAGUUGGAGAAAUGUGAAUUCCAUCGCUCCACGGUACAGUUCCUCUGA